UCUUUGAUGCUUGACUUUUCAUCUGACAGAACUCAGCCCAAAUGACAUCUCCUGAGAUAAAUUUUCUUUGACCAUUCUUGAUAAAAGAAUGCCUCCAAUCUUAUGUUUGUAGGUCCCUUAUCCUUCUUUUUCUUUACAGCAAAAAUUAUGAUCUGAAAUUAUAUUAAUUCAUUCGUUUGCUUGUACAUUUUCAGCAUUCCCUAUUAUAAGAAAAGUUCCAUGUAGCCAGAGACUUUGUCUUGCUUGUUCACUGAUGUUUCUACAAAGCCUAGAACACUACCUGGUACACAGUAAAUCCUCAAGAAGUAUUUGUUGAAUAAAACAGAAUGAAUGAAUCUCCAAUUUACAGAUAAGGAAAUGUGGCUCUGAGAGUUGGAGUAACUUUCCCAAAGUCUUACAGCGUUUCUACAGAUGUUCCUGAUUCUAAAUCCUACUGACUUCUGCAACAGCAAGGUACUGUCUAAAGAGAUUGAAGUGUCAGGCAGCAGGCAGGGCGAGAUGACAUGCAGGUGUUGGAUUCUAUCGUGGACACGAUCAAAACCAAGAAGGCAUAUUGAUCACACUUUCCCCAGGGAGCCCUGAAUUGCCAAUGGAACAAGAUAACUUGAGAAAUCUAUUGAUCUCCCAUUUUUGUUAUGCUGUACAGGUGACAAGGAUCAAUGGAGAUUUGUACUCUUCUACCCAUGACCUUGCGACCUAAAUUUGUAUUUCCACCCAGAUUCCCAAAACUUUGCAAAAUGCACAGCUCCGAGUGCCAACACCUUAUUUAACUUAGUGUCACCGUCUGUGACAGCUCUGCUUUCCCAGCUCCUGUCAAUUCAGAGAAACGUCUCCCCGUCGUCUCCUGCUUCCUGCACCGGAAGCUAGCACGCCCCACCCAGCUGUCCUCUUACUGAGCGUCUGACACACACAUUGGCCCACAGCCCGCAGAGGGGCGGGGCUUCUGUCUCGGGGGGCUCUUCAGAAGGGAUCUGAGGUCUGAGCAGCCCAACGUUGCUAAAGCACUAGCCCUCUCCCGGCCUCCUUCACUGAGCCUGUGCUUUUCCUGCCUGCUUUCUCUUUCUUUUCUGGCUCAGCUUGAGACAGAGGAUCAUUCCAGAGGAGGCUCAGGUCUUGGAUUUUAACGGCAGUGAUGGAAAAACAUGAGAACGUUUCCUGGAUCUACCAAAAGGAACUGGAAGAUCCAUUCAAGAAAUACCUGAACAACACUGAUGACUACCUAGCUUUGCUCUGCGGGCCUCCACGCAGCCACCUCUUCCUGCCGGUGUCUGUGGUGUAUACGCUGAUUUUUGUGGUGGGGGUCGUUGGCAAUCUCCUGGUGUGCCUGGUGAUUCUUCGGCACCAGACUAUGAAGACACCCACCAAUUACUACCUCUUCAGCUUGGCUGUCUCCGACCUCCUGGUCCUGCUUCUCGGGAUGCCCCUGGAAGUCUAUGAGAUGUGGCGCAACUACCCCUUCCUUUUUGGACCCGUGGGCUGCUACUUCAAGACGGCCCUCUUUGAGACGGUGUGCUUCGCCUCCGUCCUCAGCAUCACCGCGGUCAGCGUGGAGCGAUACGUGGCCAUCCUCCACCCGUUCCGUGCCAAGCUGGAGAGCACCCGGCGGCGGGCCCUCCGAAUCCUCGGCCUCGUCUGGGGCUUCUCUGUUCUCUUGUCUCUGCCCAACACCAGCAUCCACGGCAUCGAGCUCCGCUACUUCCCCAAUGGGUCCUUCGUCCCGGGCUCUGCCACCUGCACGAUCAUUAAGCCCAUGUGGAUCUACAGUUUCAUUAUCCAGGUCACCUCCUUCCUCUUCUACAUCCUCCCCAUGACGGUCAUCAGUGUCCUCUACUACCUCAUGGGGCUCAAACUGAAGAAAGACCAACCCCUUGAAGCAGAUGAAGUAACUGCAAAUAUUCAAAGACCAUCCAGAAAAUCAGUCACUAAAAUGCUGUUUGUCUUGGUCUUAGUGUUUGCUAUCUGUUGGGCCCCAUUCCACAUUGAUCGGCUCUUCUUCAGCUUUGUGGAGGAGUGGACUGAAUCCCUGGCUGCUGUGUUCAAUCUCAUCCAUGUGGUAUCAGGUGUCCUCUUCUACCUGAGCUCAGCUGUCAACCCCAUUAUCUACAACCUACUCUCUCGCCGCUUCCGAGCAGCAUUCCGGAAUGUGAUCACUCCUUCCUGCAAACAGCGGCCCUCCCAGAACCACCCACAGGGGCCAUCUGUGCAGCAGAACAUCUUCCUGACAGAAUGUCACCUUGUGAAGCUGACCGAAGAUGUGGGUCCCCAGUUCCCUUGUCAGCUGUCCAUCUGCAGCCCUCAUUUCCCCACAGCCCUCUGUACUGGACAGGCACUAAGAAAGGAACUCUCAAAGAGCUGACGUUCCUCUAUGGCUCCACACUAGAGGGAGGGACAUCCCAUAAUUUACGCCUUCCUGUAUGAUAUUAAGGAGGUAAAAUGACCCUUAGAACUUAUAUAUCCAAUUCUAGGUUUUUUUUUUUUUAACAAAUGUGAAAACUGCUACUUAAAUCUAGAUCUAAAACCCAGAACCUCCUGAUUUUUAGUUAGCUUUCCACUAUCUUAACUGCUUCAUGCCCCUUUAUUAGUUCAUGAAAAGAACAUGACUAGCAAAGCAUGGCACAUAUACUUUGAGCCAUUUCCACUAUUGGGAAUGGUUUGUCCUGUUAUUCACACUCUGAAUCAGGCUGUCUUUCCUACAACCAGUGGUUUCUGUGAGACACAGAGGGAGGCAUGGAGAAGCUGUUUAUAUGAUUUGAGGGGUCCACGCCAGUCCUUCCAUAGCAAGCUAUUUACCCUACUGCCUCAUAUUGUGCCAUUAUAAUGUGAUUCCUUGGAGUCCUGAAGCCUUUGACUUUAAGAGUCCUCCUGAUAACACAGGAAUGCUCCUCAGAACCAUUAUUCCCACCUGUUCCAAUCCCCAAGUCAUUACCAGACAUUCCUCACUGGGGGUGGAAUUAGAUACAAGUUCCACUUAGAGAAGAAUGGGAAGAGGGAGAAGGCUAUGGUGGAAGGUCCAAAGAAUCAAACCAUACCAAACAUAAACUUAGUUGUUUCAUAAUUUGGUCUAGACUUGGAUUUCUAAUAACUUACGUCAUAAGCAGACAGAGGUACGUCUACUGUCUCAGAACAGAGACAAGUCAAAUGGUGACUACUGGUCUCAAACCCAUGACUUCCCCCUACUCAAUCCUUCAUUACCUCUAUAACACUGUCACUCAUAUAAUAUGGGUAAAAUCUACCUUCCAGACUCACCUUCCAUUGUAUCAUCACAAAUACUAUAUAUUUCUACUCAAAUUGAAUUACUUGCUCUUAUGAAAACACACCCCCGUUUCCCCAGCUGCAUAUAUAUGUUUAUAGAAUGCCUUCUAUAUUUCCAUUCUCCAUCUGAUGAGAUCCUACCCAUUCUUCAAUGUCCAGCUCAAAGUGGUACCUCUUCCAUGAAACCAUGCUUGAUUUAUUCAAAUAGAAGUGGUAUCUGACUUUUCUAUCAGUUUAUGUCUCUUAAGCUCUUUCUUCACACUGCUCUGUAUUUCCAUGAUUUAUAUUCUUGCUUUGCCAGAAUGUAAAUUUGUCAAAGGCAUGAAGUAGCCUGUGUUCCUUUUUGCUGUUACUGGAAUCCUGACAAUAUCGAUCACAGUGGUAGAUGUUCAAUAAAUAUGUGAUGAGUUGUCUCACAUUCCAAUGUACUGAGCCAAAUAAACAGCUCCAAAUGAAACCGUGUUAAAGAGCUGAAAGACUAAGAUUCUGUUUCUGACAGGGUCAUCUGACCUUCAGUUGGCCGUUUAAUCAGCCAUGAUUAUAACGGCAUGCCUGCUGUGCUUGCCACGUGAGAAGGCUCUUCUCAGCCCCAGGCUUUACUGAUGCUGAAACAUGCAAGCUCUAGCUUUUUAGUCUCUGAAUUCUCCCCAAGUUGAAAGAACCAUUCUACUAAAAAAUGAGAAUACUGGUCUCUGACAU